AUGCAUGGCGAUAGUCAUGUUGAUCUUAAUGAUACUGAAAAGUUGCUUCUACUGGAAUAUAUUCUUAGAGUUAAAGAUGCCAGUAAGCUUCAUGGACUUCCUCUUCUUCCAGUUGGAAAUAAACCCUUCACCUCUUUUAAGCCUCGAUGUCACAACGAAUUAUAUUACGUUGCCAAUGAAAAAGAACACACGUUUAUUGAUAAAAAUUUUAUGGGAAAAAUCGUGGACAACACCAUCGGGAAAGAACUUUUAACAACAUUACAUAACUAUGCAACAAAUGAAGAAGAUAUUAAUAUACAAAUUCUUUCAGAUGCUGAAUUUGCCAAAAUUCUCAAUGAAAAUAUAAUGUAUUAUAAAGUUGAAAAUUCCGAAAACCUUCAGGAAAUAAAGAUUGAACGAAAAAAAAUGCAAUGGAUAUAUAAAAUUUGGGAUCAUUUGCAACAAACCAAUAGAGAUUUGUCAUGGUUUUUGGAUGUUUACCUUUUAUUAAUUGACACAAAUGAAAAUAAUAACUUUAUUAUUUUGAGAAAAUUAGGUGCAAAACAAAAAUGUUUAUGCCGUUCAUCUCAAAAACAUUUACCUUUAUUUGUAGAUAUUGUUCAGAUAUUGUCUUUGUUAGGUUCUACAUUCAUAAGCGUCAAUUUUGAAAAUAUUUUAAAAUAUGAAAAACUCAAAAGUUAUGUAAUUGAGAUUGAUAAUGUUACAGCCGUUCUAUCAUCUUUUGAAGUACAUAGUUCUUUUCCAUCAAAUCUUGUUCAAACCAACCUUACUCAUCAUCAAAGAAAUAUAUUAACCAGCUACCUUG